AUGUUCUUCAGCCUGGGAAUCUCCAAGUGGCUGUGCACGCUUGUGGCACUGCUAUACCCCACAUACGCGUCUGUCGUGGCCAUCAAGUCAGCGGACCCAGCGGACGACCGGCAGUGGCUGACGUACUGGAUCGUGUACGCGUUCCUCGGCGUCUUCGAGACCCUCCUGGAGUACUUCUUGUCCUACGUUCCCUUCUAUUUCGAGGCCAAGCUGAUCUUCCUCCUGUGGCUGGCGUCCCCGCAGUUCCGCGGCGCGCAGUUCGUCUACGAGCGCUUCAUCGAGCCGUUCAUGACCAAGUACGUGCAGCCGCGCGCCCAGCCGUACGUCGCGAACCUCGAGGCGAUCAUGAACAACGACCUCAUCGGCAUGGUUGGAAGGGUUGUGGAGAACCACGGCGAGGAGAGCAUCGCGCGCGUGGCCAAGCUGGUGGAGCAGUACGGCCCCCAGGCGCUGGAGAGCGUGCAGAGCCUCGCGGAGCAGCAGCUGAAGCAGAUGAAGGCGCAGCAGGAGGCGGCUGGGAAGAAGGACACGUAG